UAUCACAUCAUUUUAAUACACUUAUCAGAAAGAAGAAAGAAAGAAGAUGUAAGCAAUUUAUAUUAAAUUUAUGAAUAUGCCCUACUAACUUUUGUGCAAAGCUACAAACGCAGCAGCAGUUGCAAAUAUUAUUUCUUAUGUGUGCAAAAUCCUUGCCCAAGUCAUUUCAGUACUCCCAUAUCUACACAUGAAUGUUAUAUUCUUGUGAAGCUUUUCUAGAUCUAGCCUUUAUUCUUUUACCUUUUCUUUGUCUGAUCUUUUUUGAUGCAAAUACUUCAUCAGACAGGCCUUUAUAGAGGGUCAUCUAGGACAGUUAAGCCCGCAGGACGUCAUCAUGGGUUAUCUCAGCAGAAAAGGCAGGAGAUCAAAGAAGCAUUUGAGCUAUUUGACACUGAUGGCAGUGGCACUAUUGAUGCCAAAGAGCUGAAUGUUGCUAUGAGGGCUCUAGGUUUUGAAUUGACAGAAGAGCAAAUUAAUCAAAUGAUUGCCGAUGUGGACAAGGAUAAGAGUGGAGCAAUUGAUUUUGAUGAAUUUGUCCAUAUGAUGACAGCCAAGAUUGGUGAAAGGGACACUAAAGAGGAGCUUGCGAAAGCAUUCCACAUCAUUGACCAAGAUAAAAAUGGAAAGAUAUCUGUCACAGACAUUCGGCGUAUUGCCUUGGAGUUGGGAGAAAGUUUUACCGACAGACAGAUUCAAGAAAUGGUUGAGGAAGCAGACCGUGAUCGUGAUGGCGAAGUUAAUUUUGAUGAGUUUCUCCGGAUUAUGAGGAGAACACCGUACGCGUAG